AGAGAGAGAGAGAGGGAGGUGCGCCCAGGCAGACCAACUGAAGAGCGUGUGUGUGCAAACUGGGAUGAGUAAAUGCACAGAGCAGCUUAGCUGUUGAUACAGCCCGAGAAAGAGGGAGAGAGAGAGAGAGAGAGAGAGAGAGAGUGUGUGUGCACGCAAGCGAGAGAGAGAGAGAGGGUGAGAGAGAAGAAGUGAAAGGGAGGAAAAAAGGGAAGAAAGAAGCAGAGAAGAAAGAAGGGAGGAUACUACAACUACAACUAUGCUGUGCUGCAUAAGAAGAACCAAACCGGUGGAGAAGAAUGAGGAGGCGGACCAGAAGAUUGAACAGGAUGGCACCACCAACAAACCCGAGGACAAGGCCCACAAGGCCGCCACCAAAAUACAGGCCAGCUUCCGCGGACACAUAACUCGGAAAAAGAUGAAAGACGGCGAGGAAGAGAAGGAGGGAGACAGUCCCGCCGCCGCAGAGGAGGCGACGGAGGCCGGAGAGGAGGCAAAGAAAGCGGACGGAGAGGAGGCACCUGCAAAGGAGGAGGAAGCGGCGGGGGAGGAGGCCAAGAAGGAAGAGGAGACAAGCCAAGCCAAAAGCCCCGUUGCAGACAAGCCGGCUAAUUCUCCAGCUGCCGCUGCCGCCGCCGCCGCCUCUCCUGUGGGCGCAGCGACGUCUCCCGUAGCGGCAGCCCCGGCCGCUGCAUCUCCCACGGCCGCCAAGGCGCCCUCCGAGCCCCAGAAAGAGGAGCCAAAGGCGGAGGAGAAAGCCGAGGAGAAGCCCAAAGAGGUGGAGGCCCCGGUGGCAGCGGCCAAGAGUCCCGCCACAGCCGCGGCCGAGGAGAAGAAGGAGGAGGAGAAGAGCGAGGAGAAAACGGAGGAGGCCAGACAAGCCGACGUGCCUGCUGCUGUCAGCCCGACAGCCGAGAAGGAGGAGCCUAACCAAACAAAAGAUAAACAAGAUGCUGCAGAGGAGUCUAAAGCAGAGGAGGCCGCGCCGGCGGACGCAGCGGCGGAGGCCACCGAGUCCAAGGACGACUGAGGCCAGAGUCCAAGCCCCGAAGAAAGCAGAAUUAAGAGUAUGAAGAAUAACACAAAAACAAAAAUCUUUAAAAGGUUGCUCUUGGCCUUCCCAGUGAGAGGGCAGUCCGUUUCUAUUUGUUUGUCAUUUUUUGUGUGGCAAUGAUUUUUUCUCAUGUUGGGGGGAGUUUCCAGCGUGAAGUUUUUUGGCUCAAGCUAAUACAAUGAGGAAGUGGUGAUGAUGGAUGACGAUGAUGAUGAUGAUGAUGAUGAUGAUGAUGAUGAUGAUGAUGAUGAUGAUGAGGAGGAGGAGGAUGCUUAUGAAAUAAUGAUUGUUACCUUGACGACGAUGAUGAUGGGGAGGGAGGGAGGGUUCGAUUUGGUACAUCUUCACUAUCUAAUGUAAGUGAAACAACGGUGGAAUCAACGCUCCCGACUGGACGCUGGCACAUCCCAAAAAUGCGUUGCCGAUGCACCAGACUCCGUUGGCAUUUGCAAACGCACUUUCUUUGUCACAUUUUUCGCAAACAAAAUCCGUUCCGCAAAUGCACGCACGAAAACAAACCAACCGGUUUUGAAAAAAAAUACAACGCAACCCUAGUUUUCGACACGGCACGAGUGUAUAUGAGAACACAGCAAAAGUAGUUAAAAGCACUGACACAUUGGAUGGAAAAUAGAAUGUAUUGUCAAAUGCGUGACAGCUCCAGUUGGGCGGCUUCAUCCCGACUCCAAAAAAAAACCCAAAACACAUGUAGGACAAGACUGUCACUCUCUCGCUAUUCUGCUUGAGUCAUUCAAGCUUGGUUUACACCCCUUUUACAAACCCUCUGUUUACUCACGUUUAUAGUAGAGGACCUGUUGCCAUGUGAAUGACAUGAUCAUAUAAUAAACUAUAGAAAUCUGCAAUAGUAUUGAUGUAACUGGCUCUGACACGAUGAUUUGCGUUCCGCCAACCAAACCCGAGAACAGUAGCAUGAACCAUCGAACCAGAUGCAUGAUGGGAACUCUCCCUCUGAGAGGAACUUUUUUCGCAGUCACGAAAACUUAAGAGGUGUGGCGGCUUCUUUUUGAUGUCUUUGGUGUUGUUAUGACAGUUUAUAUGAAUUGGGGAAAAAAAAAUACUCUUGCACUGAUGUUGACGGGAAGAAGGAAUAAAAAGGAGAAAAAAAAUUUCAAACAGAAAAAUCGAGACCAACGAGCAAAACGAAAAAAUACUUUUCCUAUGUUCCAGUGAGUGCAAUGUCCAGUUUCAACCUUAUCAAGGAGUUCAAACUUGUGAGAAAAAAAAAGUAUGAAAAAAUGGUUUCAAUGUCUGUUUUCAAAAUAAAGCAAAUGUGCCAAUUAC